AGAUUGUUAUGCUCCAAAGAAGUUUAAUGAUGGGAGGAAGGUCAGAUGGACUUGAUCGCCACAAGGACUGGAGACUUGAUGUUGAUAAAAUGUCGUAUGAGGAAUUACUUGAGCUUGGUGAUAGAAUUGGAUACGUUAAUACCGGAUUGAGAGAAGAGGAGAUAAUAUGCUGUCUCAGGAAAACUAAGCUUUCCAUUUCGGGUGGUUUUCCAUUACAUUUCCCUACAGAAAUGGAGCGGAAGUGCAGCAUUUGUCAGGAGGAAUAUGACACAGAGGAUGACAUGGGCAAGCUCGAUUGUGGGCACUUGUAUCACAUCCAUUGCAUAAAGCAGUGGCUUGUGCAGAAAAAUACCUGCCCUGUCUGUAAAACCGCAGCCGUGACUCAAUGCUAGGCUGGAUGACUUCUCACACUUCCAUCAGCCCUGGUGGUUUUUGGACAGCUGUUUUGGGUCUCCUCUGUACAGAUUACAUCUUCAAUACAAGCAAACUGCUAUUCUUUGGUGUGGCAUUUUGUUCCUAUGUCCUUAAUAUGAAAUGAUGGGCCGUUUUUUCGGUUGUUAGUCCCGUACGAUUGGAGCUUGUUUAGGAAUCUGAUGGAGAUUGUGAUAUGAGCUUUACCAUUUCAUCAAAUCACAAUAUCUUUCAUUUUCCCGCUUCUUACUGUUUGGCAAAUGUUUAAUGUGUACUGCACUUGCCGCUUUUGGUAAUGACAUCCUUUUAUUCUGUUUACAAAUUUGAAUGCAAAAGUAUUGAUUCUGG